CUCUCCAAGAUGGCGGCGGCGGGCGGCGGCGCGGCGGGCAGCGGCGGCCGGGCCGAGUGAGGCGGGCGCGGCUCCUCCCCGCCCGCCCUCAGGCUGCGCCCCGGCACCCGCCGGACAGCCCCGCCGGCGUCGGGCGGCCCCGCUGCAGGGGCGGAGCCGCGGAGCGAGGCCGGAACCCGCUGGGACCUUUUCCUGUAGAUGGGAGCGGGGAAGGAGCCCAGACGUGGCAACACAUUCUCAGGCUCCUGCAGCACCACCAUGGCUUAUGAUGACUUCAAGAAAAAAAAAGAAGAGUUCCUAGAGGGCGACCGAAGUGUUGACGACGCGGGGCUGGCAACUGGCAGGAUACAGCGAGAGAAAAAACGCUCCUACAAGGAUCUGCUGCAAGAGGAAGACGAGGUAGCAGCUCAGACAGCCUGAAACGAUAGCUCUUGAGAGGACAGUGAACUUUUUCUGGGGCCAGAACCUCACAAAAAGAAGAGAAAGCACUCCUCCGAUGAGUUCUGCUACAGAGGUGUUUCGCCUUUGGAUCUACCAUCAAAGAAGAAGAAAAAAGCAGUUUCUAGCCCAUCCUCAGCUGAUACAACCAUGGAUUUACUGAAGAAUGUCACUUCACCCUUGGCCACAAGCUCAAAGUCUUCAAAGAAGACCUCUGAAAAAUCAUCUUAUUCUUCCUCUGGCCAUUCUGAAAGCAAAAAGGAGCACCACAAGAAGAAGCUGAGUGGGAGCAGUGGGGAGCACUCAGUGGAUGAUGGCAGCUUCCACAAAUCUAAAAAAAUGAAACCUCUCUACGUGAACACAGAGACACUUACGCUUCGUGAACCUGAUGGUUUGAAGAUGAAGCUCAUCCUUUCACCAAAAGAGAAAAGCAGUGCAGCAGAUGAUGAUUCUUUCUCCUACUCUUCAGCACCAGCAGGUGCUAAGAAAUCUUCAAAGAAAUCAUCUCGAGAUGAGCAAGGCUCAUUGCUGCUGGGUCAUGAAAUGCAGAACUUCCUGAAGUCAUCUCGGAAGAAGCACAAACCACCUCCAGACCCACAUCCACCUUCUGAGAAUUUUGGUGCUGACACCUCCCUUUUUUCAGAGGGCCAUGGGAGUGAGUAUGAGAUUUCUGGUAUGGAGGCACCUCCAGAAUCUGGUUCCUCUUCUGGUGGGGAGUUGGAGGCUGGAGAGCUGGUGAUAGAUGACUCCUACCGGGAGAUCAAGAAGAAGAAGAAGUCAAAAAAAAGUAAGAAAAAAAAAGACAAGGAGAAACACAAAGAGAAGAAGCACUCUAAGUCUAAAAAGAGUUCUGGGCAUGCUCCUGUGGCAGUAGCAGAAGUAACAGUGUCACCACAACCUCCUCCCAGUACCCCCUAUGGUCUUCCUCCACCUCUUCCUGCUGGAUUUUACGCAGAUGGUCAGGGUGAGAAGAGGAGGAAAAGGGAAGACAAGGAGAAGGACAAAACUGAGAAAUGGGAAAAGGAAAAGGAAAGAGAAAAGGAAAAGGAAAGAGAAAAGGAACGAGAAAAGGAAAGGGAACGAGAAAAGGAAAAGGAAAGAGAAAAGGAAAAAGAACGAGAAAAGGAAAAGGAACGAGAAAGAGAAAAAGAGAAGGAACGAGAAAAAGAGAAGGAACGAGAAAAGGAAAGAGAAAGAGAAAGAGAUAAACCAAAGAAGAAAAACAUGUCUGCCUAUCAAGUGUUCUGUAAGGAAUAUCGUACAACUAUUGUGUCUGAGCACCCUGGAAUAGAUUUUGGAGAGCUAAGUAAAAAACUCGCAGAAGUGUGGAAGCAGCUACCUGAGAAGGAUAAACUGAUCUGGAAACAGAAAGCUCAGUAUCUCCAACACAAGCAGAAUAAAGCAGAGGCCACCACUGUGAAGAGAAAGGCAUCAUCUUCAGAUGGUGCACCAAAAAUAAAAGCUUCCCCAACAGGAGUGGUUUCCCCUCAUAAGAAAUCCCCCACCAGCACCGUGGUGGUGUCUUCCUCACCAACCAAAGUCCCUGAUACGGAUCCUAUUGAUGUAGCCGCACACUUACAGUUGCUGGGUGAAUCUCUCAGCCUCAUUGGACACAGACUGCAGGAAACAGAGGGAAUGGUGGCUGUUUCAGGAAGUUUGUCAGUGCUUCUGGAUUCAAUCAUCUGUGCUUUGGGCCCAUUAGCCUGUCUGACCACGCAACUACCUGAGUUGAAUGGCUGCCCUAAGCACGUUUUGUCAAACACACUAGACAACAUCGCCUACAUCAUGCCUGGACUUUGAUGGGAAAGGAUCCUGGGAUGUACUCAACCUCCGCAUAACUGACUUGUGUACUACACCGGCACUCCCAAAGGGCUCCGCGUGUAGGGUUUUAAACUUUUAUAUCUGUAUACACAUAGGAUUGUAACUAUUUGACUUCUCUUUUGUGACAAGUUGUGAAAUUAAGCUGAGAAAACCCUUUUGUGUUAAUGGGUGACAUGUCCUCCAAUCUGAAAGUAUGAAGAAUUCAGAAAGCUUUUGAGAUACUCGCCUUAAAUUCACGUCCAUUAGUGGGGGAAGCAGCCAGAGAAUGGACUUCUCAAAAUACAGAAAAAAUGCCACCAUGUGAGGGGUCAUUGAAACAGGCGAUCCAGAGAGGUUAUUGACUCUGCAUCCUUGAUGAUAUUAAAAAACUUAAUGAGCAGCCUGCUCUAAUUGGACUUCUCUAAACACGGGAAUGGACCAGAUGACCUCCUGAUAGCCCUUCCAACCUAAAGUAUUCUGAUAUUCUCUGGGCAGGUAUAGAUUAUAAUAUAUUUUGGAUCGAGGAAUAUACCUGAACUCUCCACUAGCCCUAUUUCUAACUGUCUUUCAGUUUAAAAUCUACUGCUUGAGGGGAAAGCUGGAUAGAUAUAAAGGUCAUUGCUUCUUGGUCACUUCUUCCAAACCCCUCAUCUUCAGUAAUAACUUUCAGUAAUAACUGAAAGUUGUCAGCAUCAGCUGGCUGCUCUGGUAGCUGGAAUUUGAAGUAAGGUGGAAGAGAACAACGUAAUUAAUCUUUCCUUCUGGACUUGCACCCAAAUCCUCAUUAGCAUGAUAUAUCAACCACCGCAUUGGCUUGAGAGAAUGAACCUCCGGCUGAUUUUUCCAGGGUGUGGUCAGCCUGCUUUGUUGGAGAUGAAUGUGGAAGCAGAUGGGAAAGACUUGGACUGGUUCUGCCCAUCUUGCAUCUGUUUUGUGAAAAAACAGCCUUGGUUUCCAAGAUGGCUGAUCCCCCACCUUUUCCACCAGCAGUAUUGAAAGAGCCAUGGUGCUGCUGGGAGGGCAGUGCCUAAUGACCAGUUUGAAGCAGUUGCAGCUCAGCAAGGCUCAUGUGGAUUGAUUGGACUGAUUCCCCUUCCUUCCAGCCGCAUACGUGGUGGUUGGUUUGCUGCUCCUCUAGAAGAGGAGCAGCAGGAGAGUAUGUGACUCUCAUAUAGGCUUUUGUGUAUCUGUAUGUACGUGUAUGUGGUGUUCAUAUCAUGUGUAUUUAACUCUUACUGAUAUCUGUAACAGAUUUUAAUUUAUCCUGUAUAUUUCUCUCUUGUGUGUAUAUAUAUAUACAUAAUUUAAAAGCAAAAAAUCCCUCCCUCCACCAACAGUGUGUGGAAAAUCUGAAUCAAGUUUGCUUCACCCCACUUCCUGCAGGAAUCAGCUCUGUAGUAAGCAUUGGCAUUGUAUGGGAAAACAUCAGGAAGAUUUUAAGAAUUGGUAGAAACAGGCUACCUUGUGAAAGGAGGUAAUAACAACUGAAAUAUAAUUUGACUGUAGCCUUUCCAGCCUUACAACAGAAAAGUUUUUAAAUUCCAGAAGAGCACUUCCUCACUUCAAGCUUGAAGUCUAGCUUCUGUUUUUCAGGGCAAUUGAAAGUGAGCUGUCCCUCAGGGCAGCUGAGCCCCAAAUUACAUUUAAAUAAAUCCUCAGGUGUGCAGGAGGAGUUUUGUCCCCAUUCCUCUUGACCAGGUAUUCCCCAGCAGUGCCUGUCCAAGGUAGUCUGUCUCUUGCAGAGUUUUUCUCAGUGCAGUGUCAGGUUUUCUCAGUGGAGGAGGCAGAAGGUUCUUAGACCACCGUACAAGUUCUCAACCCGAGCCUCAGACCAGAGCAUACAUGUUUUAACAACACAUGACUAAUCCCAGUGAGUCUGGAACUAGGAAGGGCCCAGGAGGGAGGCAGUCCCAUCCAGCUUCGGAUCCUGGCCCGUACUAAAGCAUCUGCCAUUGGGAGUGGCACAAAAUCCCUGGCUCUUUCCAGCCCUUUACAGUUGAGAGCGUUGUGCUGAGGGGGUAGAUCUGCUCUCUUAAGGAACAAAAGGGGAUCAGCUUUAGCUUUGUCAUCUGUACGAUGGAAAACUCUUGAAGAGUUUGAAAAACACACGCAACCCUGGUGUAUUGUAUUUUUAUUUAAAAUUUGUACACUUUGUAUAAUCUGUAUCUUGUGGUAUUUGGUACUAGAGGGAAAACUUUGGCAAGACUUAGCAGUUUUUAUAUUUUUGUUAUUUCCUUGCUGUUUGAUCCAGAUUACAUUGCAAUUAUACAAAGAAACUUUUUUGUACUGUACUUACAAUAGAAUUUUUUUAACAUUUG